AUGCAAGUGGACACAGGAGCAGCUGUAUCCUUGGUGUCUGAGGUUGUAUACAAGGAGAAACUACAUCACCUCACACCACAGCCAACGAAGAUCACGCUGAAAACGUACACUGGUGAGACUGUACCAGUGAGAGGAAUUGUGACUGUAACAGUGAAGCUCAACAAACAGAAGGUAAAGCUACCACUCUACAUUGUGAAGGGCAGUCAGCCAGCUUUGCUAGGACGCACGUGGCUGGAAAAGAUCAAAUUAAACUGGCAGGAAAUUCAUAUGGUUGCAAAAGUUGAGGACAUAAACCUACAAGGACUAUUGAGGAAACAUGCUGAAGUGUUCAAAGGAGAACUUGGUAGUAUGAAGGACAUAAAAGUUAAAUUGACAGUGAAACCAAACAGUAAGCCCAAAUGCUUCAAAGCCAGGCCUGUUCCAUAUGCCAUAAAGCCAAAAGUUGAAGCUGAACUAGACAAACUAGUCAAGAGUGAAGUACUGGACCCAGUAAGUGUUAGUGAAUGGGCUACACCAGUUGUUCCAGUCAUGAAGAAAGACGGAUCCAUCAGACUUUGUGGCGACUUCAAAGUCACUGUUAACCCUGUCCUGACAGCUGAACAGUAUCCAUUACCCCUCAUUGAUGAUCUGUUUGCUGGUUUAGCUGGAGGACAGAAAUUCAGUAAGAUAGACUUAUGUCAGGCCUAUCUUCAAAUGCAUGUUGACAAAGAAUCACAAGAACUGUUGACAAUAGUGACUCACAAAGGACUGUUCAGGUACCGGAGGCUUCCCUUUGGGAUCACCUCAGCCCCGGCCUUGUUCCAGAGAGCUGUGGACCAGAUACUGAGUGGGCUCACCGGUGUCCAGUGUUACCUCGAUGACCUUCUCAUCACUGGUAAAGACGAACAGGAGCACCUGAGAAACCUCGACGCUGCACUAAAGAGACUGGAGGAGUACGGACUGCGGGUCCGGACGGACAAAUGUGAGUUUUUCCAGUCUUCAGUUGAGUACCUGGGCCCCAUUAUCGACGGUGCUGGGCUGCACAAGGCACCAUCUAAGGUAAAAGCUGUUGAGGAAGCUCCAUCCCCACAAAAUGUGAGUCAGCUGCGAUCAUUCUUGGGACUACUGACGUACUAUGCAAAGUUUGUGCCGAACCUAUCAAACAUGUUAAAACCACUGCAUGAACUGCUGAACAAAACCACACAGUGGAAGUGGUCAGACAGAUGUGAGGAAGCUUUUAAGGAAGCUAAAAGAGCCUUAGUCCAUUCAGAAGCCCUCACACACUUUAACCCAGACUUGCCAUUACAGUUAGCAUGUGACGCAUCGCCUUAUGGUGUUGGUGCUGUGAUCUCACACAUAAUGCCAUCAGGUGAAGAAAGGGCAAUUGCUUUCGCAUCACGGACUUUAAGCAAAGCAGAGAGCAAUUAUGCACAGAUAGAGCGCGAAGCACUCUCUAUAAUCUUCGGAAUUAAGAAAUUCCAUCAGUUUCUGUUCGGAAAACGAUUCACGCUGCUCACAGACCAUAGACCACUCACCUCCAUCUUUGGUCCCCACACUGGAAUUCCAUCGCUCGUAGCCAGCCGCAUGCAGCGAUGGGCAUUACUAUUGUCUGCUCACCAGUAUGACAUCAAGUACAGAAGAGCUGAGCAGCACUGUAAUGCAGACGGCCUCUCAAGGCUUCCCUUACCUGUCUCACACACGAAGCACUCCGAGGCUAAAAUCUUCUACUUCAAGGAAGUGAGCAACACCCCAGUUACCUCAGCCUACGUGAAGAAGUUCACCCGCACUGACCCAGCGAUGUCUGAGGUCAUGGACAUCAUCACUCAUGGGAGAGAAAGAGAGCUGUCAGACAGCCUAAAGCCUUACCUGGUGAGGAGGAACAAGCUCACAGUGCAGGCUGGAUGCUUGUUAUGGGGUUUUCGAGUCAUCAUUCUGCCGCCACUGAGAAAGCAGGUGCUUGAGGAACUCCAUUCAGGGCACUGUGGCAUGGUGCGAAUGAAGGAGAUGGCGCGUAGCUACUUUUCGGUGGCCAGGCUUAGAUGCAGCUAUCGAAGACAGGGUCAGGUCAUGUUCUGCAUGUCAAAAGAUGAGAAACAUGUCUCAGCUAGCGCCACUACACCCAUGGUACUGAUGCACCCCAGUCUGGGCAUACACCAUCACCACUCAGACUCAGAGACAGUGGGACUGUAG